UCCAGUUAUGUGCCAUAGAGAUUAUGGAUAGACGCUAUAAGUUCGAAGUGUAGUUCUCGGCAUAAGCAAAAGACUCGAUUCGGGGCAGAGUGGCGUUCUAUGGGCCCCACUCACCCUAACAACCCCUCUAAUAAAGUAAAAAUGUCGCGCUGACUUAUCAGUUAUAUAGGGCCAGGCGGCUGGCAGUGGGUCGCGAUUGGUCCGACGAUUGCAGUGCGCUUAUAUAAGCCGUUUGCGUUUGGUGCGCUGUGAAGAACCGUGCACGACACUGACGAGCAGCCUGUUCUUUGACACAUCGCUCAGGUGCGCGUCGAAAAAGCAAUCUAAUACGGCUGCGCGAUGGACUCCCCGUCUCAUGUUGAUAUCGCUGACGUGGAUCAGCCACUUCAGACACCCGCCCCACCGCUCAUCGAGGACGACGAUGUUCCCCGCCUACCCGAAAAGAUGCCUCAUCAUGAUCUGACAGAACAUCAACACGAACAUGAUCCACUGGAAACACUUUCGGCGCAUAACGGAGUAACCACAAUUGGUUCAUUGGGUUCCCUUCAUAUUCCAACAUACGGAGACAUUGCAUCGACAAGCUCUGACCCGACGGGUGAAAUAACAACAGCAGACUUUCGUGAAAGAAUCUCCCUGCCGCCCGUAUCUGAGAACGAACUUGGAAACGGUUCCCCAUUAAUUACGCCGUUACAAAGUAAUAUACAAGAAAAGAAAGAGUUUCAUGUUGAGCGCACCGAAGAGUUCAAAGAAUCGCCCGUUGAAAUUGGCGAGGAAGUUCAAACGAAUUUAAAUGAUAAACCAGAACCUAAACCUAAAAUUGUGACCACUAGCGAAUUUUCUCAAGGAAUUAACGCGCGUCCAAACCUUGGUCAUGUGUCUUCAUGUGAGCUUCCGCUUUUUGAACAACAUGAACAGCAAGGAGGACAGCCUCCAGUGCAGGAUGACGUGCACCAACAACAACAACAACAACAGGAACAGGAAACUGGCCCUACGAGAAUUAUGGUCAGUAAGUAUAUAAUAGAUGAGUACGAAAUUUCACCACCCGAAAAGAAGGGCGCCACAUCCCCCCAUUCAGAACAUGAGCAGCCUCGAUCAUAUGAAUUGUCAUUUGACGCAAUGGAACCGAAAACCCCUGUGAGCAGCGAAGUCCAACUUCUAUUGAAGGAGACAAUAGACAUAAUUGAGAAACAGAGCCGACCUGUGGGCGUGACGAAAGGUAGAAGGCGCUCUACAGUACGUCAACCGAGUGAAGUUACGGAAAUUGAAAUCCCUGAAGCUGAACCUAUAGAUGAAAUGCCGUCGUCACCGGAACCCCCACAAGAACCAGAAACCCUAGUGGAUGACUUCGUAGAGCAAUUUACCAACGAAGAUAAGCGGAUUUUGUUUUCCGAGGAGGCCGAUGACAGCGUCCCAAUUAAAGAAGUAAUCAUUAAUGCGAAAAUGGAUGACGAAGUAAGUGAAGUGCUACAAACCUACAUGAAGUCACAAUUUGGAGAACUUCGAAAACGAACAGCAAUGCAUGUUAUGGCGGGCGAUGAGCGAAUUGCAUCAUAUCAGUCGGACAUUCGGAAAAUGUCCAUACCACUGCUGAGAUUGGCUCAGCAACUCGACGAGAAUCCGGAGGAUAUUGAAGAACUUAGACGAACAGCUGGAAACAUCCUCUGUCUUAUGUUAAUGCUCAAUGAACGGAUGCUCCAUGACCGACGAAGGGCCAUACUCAAUUUUUUCGAGCGACCUGAUGAUAUGGCCGAUGAACAUCGUCUGCCUCGUCGCAUGGGAGAAGGACUUUUUGGCAAGCGUUUCUGCUGGUUUAAUGGAAUGGGCUUUACCAAGCGUCGUCCUCGCCGUAAACCGGCACCUCGAGUAGUCUACCAGCCGGCCCUCGCUCCACUUUCAAAACCUAAAUCAUCUACGGCAGCCUCAGCGGCAACAAUAGCAAAUAGCAUCAAAAUUGGCGGCGCACCUCAACAGCUGUUUAAUGAAGAGUACGACGAAGAACUCGAUGACGAUGAGGAAGAAGCGAUCUCUGAUGAAGAUUGGAAGGUCUCUGAAGAGGAAGAAGCUGAUCCAGAGGAGGAGGAAGAGAUAGACAGCGAUCUAGAUUCGGAAGAACACGCCGACAUUACGGGUCGAAAGAAAGCAAAAGUCAGCAAUGGAACUAGCACUACUAAUGGUGGUAAGCAAUCAAUUGAUGAAAUUUGGAGUGAAUCAAUGCGCCUAAUGCAGUUAGCCGAUGCCGCAGUUGAAGGGGUUAAGGCAAAGAAAAGGAUGAGGAAGGAAAAAAAACUCAAAAAAGAAAAAUUGAAGAAGGUCAAAAAGGAGCGUAAGAAACGUGUACCAAAAGAGACAUGUGCGCCUCCAGCAAAACGGGGUCGAAAAAAAAAGAUCAAGGAUACCUUACCACCGCCUCCGCCCCCACCCCCGCAGCAACCAUUACAGCCUUACCCAAUUGGGCAGUUUGAAGACCCGAAACCCAAGAAGCGCCGUCGACGACGUAAGACCGACGACGAUGGAGAGGAAGCAGCGGUCGUCGCAUUUAAGCGACGAAAGAAAGAUGGGCCUACAAUUGAACGCAAAAUCGAUCCACAUUGCGAACACUGUGAUUUUGAGGCAGAUCGCCGACAUCUGAUCAUGCACGUUCGUAAAGAGCAUCCUGACAAGAUGAUUCAAUGUGAUCAGUGCAACAAAAAGUUUGCCUUCAAGGUAUCCUUGUGGAAUCAUGUGGUAAUCAUGCACGGCACAGCUAAGUUUAAAUGCGAUCAGUGUACAAGAUCAUUUCGAUCUGAGGAAAAGCUUCGUAUGCAUUCAUUUAUGCAUUCAGAAAAUAAGCCGUUUGCUUGUGAGAUCUGCGGCAAAGGUUGUCUUACCAAACGACAUCUCGAUGCCCACGUACUCAUCCAUGAGCAACGCCAGCAGUUGUACUGCCAGAUGUGUGACCGUCAUUUCGCCACUAAUCACAAUUAUCGUAACCAUAUGAAGCUGCAUACAGGACAGAAGGACUUCUUCUGCGAUAUAUGUAAUGCCGGCUUCCCGAUCAAAGCACGUCUAACGCAACAUAAGCGUUUACAUCACUCUGGCGAACAGUACGUUUGUGAUAUGUGUGGAAAGGCUUUCAAAGCGCGACAUAUUCUUAACGACCACAAAGCACUUAGACAUUCAAAUGAAAAGGCAUGGGUAUGUGAGAUUUGCGGUGCAGGCUUCAAGCUUAAGAGCGUUUUGGUUCGCCAUCUCAAAACACAUAGUGACGAGAGACCCUACCGUUGCGAUAUAUGCGACAAGGCAUUCAAGGAUCGAUCUACGCUUGGCGUACAUCGUAAGACGCACUCGACGGACCGGCCAUUUCUUUGCGAGCAGUGUGGUAUGUCUUUCAAGCGCAACGCCGAACGCAAAAAGCAUAAUUGCAUCGGACGUAUGGUACAUAUUCCCGAGGAUAGUUCACAGUCCCAUCACGGACAAAUGGGAGGGCCAAAUCAGACAGGGAAUUUGGCGGGGCUGCCCCACGCUCUGGAGUCUCACGUACCCAAUUCCCAUGUAGGAGUUGUCAGCCCUCACGUUAGUGUGGGUGGCGGAAGCCAUGCUUCGCACCACCUGGUAACAAGCCACCGAUCAGUUCCAUUAAGUAGCUUGAUGCACCCGCAUUCAGCGUCGCUUAUGUCGCCUGCUACUCCGGGAACGUCGCUUCAAGCUCAGCUUAUGCAGUUGCUUGAUGAAGGCCUACAUGCCGCUGGCACGACACACCAGAAUCAUCAACAGCAGCAGCAUCCUCAACAGGCAGGAAACUUCUCUUUCAAAAUUUCAGCUUUACGUUGUAAAUAUAUGGAUGCCUCAAAGGAUUCUGAAGGACCUGGGGAUAUUGCAUCUGAUGCUAGAGCGGUAUUUGAGGAAGCUACCGGAUCUUUAACAGAUCUUAACCCCAACGCUCUGUAUCAUGGUGUCGUCUUGCCGCCGGCAAACUUUGAAUCUGUGUAUGAUCAAAGAGACAACGAUGAGGUGCUCAGUGAUAUUCGACAGGUGAAAUCUGAACUCGAAAGCGGUGUACUUGCACAGACCAGUAUUCGAAGCCAUGAGGAUCCCGUUGUCCUCAGUUCAGAAUCUCAGCCUUCGUCCACGAGUGGCUACGACCCGGUGGCUCAGGUUGAAGUACAGAAUAUGUUGGUUCUUGUGGAACAUCAGCAGGCAUUGCACUCAACACAACAGCAACAGCCGCAGCAGCAUCAGCCCUCUGCGCAACUACAACCAGUGGCGGUAAGAGUACUGCAUCAAGAGGAACCUGACCUAGAUGAGAACCAAGAACAACGAGAAGAAAGUCAUCAGGUGAUUCAUUCCAUUCAACAAAUUAACCCGCUUCUAGAACGCGCGUCUCAGCAUUCAUCACGUCAAGUUCAUUCGCAGUCGCAGCUACCAACCGAUGUUCCGGAGUGUUCUCCGACCUCAAAUCAACUGGAGGACGCCAUACCACCAUUACAGAUGAUCCUUGAUCCGACAAUUAACCGUCAACAGCCACAAGGAGAACUUUUAUCAACUAGCCCUUUGCAGGAACGGCCGUCAUCCAUCAAGGGGCCAUCUCACAGAGCUAUGAAACCUGAAAAAAGCAGACCCAUCAGAGGCGAGAAGGGGCAGUCAGUUAUUGCGGAUGUGGUAAAUGGUACCGUAGGAAAUGAGGAACAUGUGUCACAGAGUCAACAAUUAGAAGGAAGUACAAGCGAAGACCUAAGCGGGCUCAGCCAAGUGGUUGUCAGAGAUAACCCAAGCGAGGUAGUAACAAUAAAAGUCGAGGAUCGCUUGCCUGGUGAGUCAUUCAUGGAGGUUGAAGUAGCUCCAUCGAAUGAGGUCGAAUCUGAAAGUUCAAUGAAAACUUUUUGUAGCAUUUACAUAAACGACGCCAGGCUACGGCAAGAGAUUGCCGCAGAAAGUGAAGUCGCCGAACCUUUAAAAGAUGUAAUUGUAACGAGUGAAAUUGAUGAUGAGUUAAAAGACCUCAUAAAACUAAGGUUAAAGACGUUUGAGAAUAUAAGAGAAGACGCCGCUACUCAGUUGCUUGCCAUAGAUGCUCUCCUCGCAGUUUAUCAGAAGCUACUGCGUAAGGUUUCCAUCCCGGUACUCGAAUUAGGCGAUCUGCUGGAGAAUUGUAAAGCAUACAGUCCGGAGCGCAUUAAGAAGAUUGUGGGGAGCAUUCUAUGCCAGCUUGUCAUGUUUAACGAACGCGUGAUUCGUGAUCGACGAGUCAAGGUACUAACAUACCUUGGUAAGUCUGCCAACCUCGCGGAUGGACAUCGCAUUCCUCAUCGUUCCGGGGAGGCCCUAUUUGGAAAGUUGUUCAUUGAGCAACACCAUCUCAUUGAGAUGAAGCGGAGUCGAAGAACGACGACGCGAACUGAUAAUAAUGCGUUGAGGACCGCAACGGUCAGUCGAGCAAAGCGGCGUCGAAAAAACCCUCAAGAGAGCAAAUCUGACGAUUGGGCUAAUCGUAUGCAGGCAGACGCGAUCAUCCAGGAAGUUGCUGUGGCAGACGGUAAACCUAGUAAUGAAGCAAUAGAGGAAAUUCUUGAGGAGAUCAAAUCAGCCAGGCGAUCUACAAAACGGCGACACCCCAAGGUGGUUCUGGAUGAUCAGGUAAUUAGCGACAAAGCUCCGAAGAAGGCCACGGAAUGUGUGUGGCGAGAGAAGAGCACAAAACAGAAGCCUGUGACGAACCGUGAAAUUGUGAAGCUAGAAAGCGAACAAGAAAAACGCAUUCCAUUUCAGGUAGAAGAAUUCCAGUCCGUUUUAGUUACCUCUGCUGCUAUGCUUCCCGAGUUCAACUCAACAAAUGGGACCGAUGCAAGCAAAACGAAAGAAAAUGGUCGCAGAGCACGAGUAGCUCGGAAAGCACAGGCCCAACCAGAAAUGAUCCCUCUUCAUCUGGUAGAUGGUAACAAUGAAGACAAUGGAGAGGAAGACGAGGAAAGCUACGACGAUGAUAGAGAUGCGGAUUUCCCCCAGCCGCCACCUAAUGACGAGGAAUUAGAAGAUGAGGCGAUUUCAAAUGAAGUAUCAACUCAAGUAGGAAACAAAGUUAGGAAAAAAUCCGGAGUUCCUUUCUUAGUUAAAGUUGAGCGUAAGCUAGAUAACAACUGCGACCACUGCGAAUACGUUGCGGAGAAACGGCGCCAACUCGUCCUGCACGUGAAGAAUGUUCAUGCGGACAAGAUGAUCGCUUGUGAUGCGUGCGACAAACGAUUCGCGUUCAAGAUCUCAUUGUGGAAUCACAAGAAUGCCAUGCAUUUGGGUGCCGAACAUAAGUGCCCACAUCCACAUUGCACACGCUCGUUCAAAGACGAAGAUAAACUCCGCACGCAUCUUUUUGUUCAUUCCGCUGAAAAACCGUUUACGUGCGAUAUCUGCGGUAGAGGCUGUCUAACAAAGGUUCACCUUGACUCUCACGUGAAAGUGCACGAACGCCGUGAUACGCAAUACUGUCAAACAUGCAAUCGCUAUUUUGGCUCUAAUCAUACUUUCCGAAAUCACAUGAAGCUGCAUGCAGGUAAAAAGGAAUGGUUCUGCGAUAUCUGCAACGCCGGCUUUCCUAUCAAACCUCGACUGGUGCUGCAUAAGAAGAUUGCCCACUCGGAUGAACAGUUCAUUUGUGACGAGUGUGGUAAGGGUUUUAAAAUGAAGCACAUCCUUAAUGAUCAUAAGGCGCUUAUACAUUCAACACGGAAAGCUUUUGUCUGCGAGGUGUGCGGCGUCGGCUUUAAGCUUCGGAGUGUUCUGAGACGUCAUAUGAAAACCCAUAGCGACGAACGUCCUCAUAAGUGCGAGCUAUGUGAUAAAGCGUUCAAAGUCAAGUCAACUCUCGUCGAGCAUCGAAAGACGCACACAAAUGAAAAACCAUUCCUUUGCGAACAAUGCGGGGUCGCCUUCAAGCGGAACGCCGAGCGACGUAAGCACAGCUGCAUGAGUGGUACCAAACAUGUCGUCAUGCAGGUCCCAUUGCCACACCUUCAGUCAACAACACUAAUAGCUUCAACAGCAGCAGAAACAGGACAUGCACAUGACUCAACUGGAGCACAGCUGGUGACUUGUUCAACAGGUUCAACACAGGUUCAACUGCCGCAGGUGUCCACCGGUCAUGCGGGUCCUACACAGUUGCAAGUAGCAGUAGUAACUAGUGGGGGUCAAGCUGCAGCCCAACAUUUAGUGGCACAUGUGCCUUUACAGCUGGGCGCUCAGAUGAUUCAAAUUAUGAGCCCUGGCACACUAGUUUCACCAGUGCCAGGUGUACAAACAGGCAGCGUCCAAUCAGGAGGUCAACUGAUGGUACAGCAAGUUGUUCAGCAACUGCAUGACGCCCAACAUAGUGGACAACCACAGAUGCCCACGGGCCAAGCAGCGGCUCCAGGUAGUGGAACGUCCGCAGCGACUCAUACACAAUUUGCAAAUUUCUCAGUUAGCUAAUUUUCACAUAUAUUAAAUCAAGAAGAAGGUUAUUAUUUAGAAGACAGGCUGUCAAAAUUUACUUAUUGCUCAUCUAGUGGCUUCGGGCAAUUUUUGCUGACUAUUCAUGCAGCGACGUUAAUCAGAUAUAACAGAUACUUUUGGUAAAUAAGAGGGGAGCCUCAUGUUGUCAGUUUGGGUAGGGUGUAAUUUCGAGAAAAACGAGUGGCUAACAUAUAUUAGCUAAUAUUCUUUUUCGCAGUAUUAAUAAAUUAAGUGAACCUAAUAUUAAUUAUCGGUUGUUUAAUUUUUCCUUUGUAUCAGUAGUGAUAAAUAAUUAUGCACUCAAUCAAUACUCUUCGUUACGAUUCAACUAGUAAAAAUUACAGAUGUGCAUAUGUUACUAUGAUAAUUACGCUACAGCUACAGAAUUUCAGCCUAAAAACCUUGGUUAGAAGGGAGAUUUUUACUUAACCUGAUGGCAGGACAAUUUUACCAGAGAGAUUACUAAAUUCAAAAAGAAAGCAGCAACAGUGCCGCAUUAUAGCAGACGCUGUAUGACUUAAAUUGUGCCUGGCCUACGGAUAGUCACCAACCAAUGACCGCUUUCAACAAGAAAAAGCUGAAACACAUUGAAAACUGUCAUGGCAUACCUUUGUUCUACACUUUGAAAGGGUUCAAAUGACUGAUAGUGUAAUAUGUAAAUAUUACAAAAAAAAAACAGAGCGAAUCUAAUACUAACUAUUGUUUUACCGGUAUGCCGAUUCUUCCUUGCUUAUCUUUUUUCUUUGUAAAAGGUAUCAAAGGCAACAAUGUUAUAAAUAACAAAGUUGUACUUGAGCAGAGCAAGGUUGGUUAUCUGUAGCGCAGGAUAUGGGACAUGUUGGCAUCGACAUUUCUUUGACACAAUUCUAUUAUUAUAUGGGUAAACAUACUGCCUUUAUAUAUAUAUAUAUAUAUAUAUAUAUAUAUAUAUAUAUAUAUAUACUCCCAA